CUGCGUUGUUUCUGAGUCAAUCAAGGCGGUUAGCAGCUCAGUAAAAUCUCGAGGCGCCUUAAAUUGUAAUUAAGUAACAAUGUCUUCAGUUGAGUAUUUGAGAGACUUUGUCAACGAGCGACUAACUGCUGCUGCGGAAGAAAUAUUCGGAGUUUUUGAAAAAACUAUCGUCGAGUAUGAGAAAGAGAUCGAUCGUCAGCGCCGAUUGUUGGAUAUCGUUUGGAAACCUGAAAUAACGUUACACAGGAUAGAGCUCCCACAACAGCAUGUCUGUAAGGAGGAGGAGGUUCUCGCUGACCAGCAGCUCUGUCUUCAGGCGUGGAGCUCCAGUCCGGACCAGGAGGACCCAGAACCUCCACAGAUUAAAGAGGAACAAGAGGAACUCUGCACCAGUCAGGAGGGCGAGCAGUUUGUGCUAAAGCAGGAAAGUGAAACCUUUGUAGUGACUGCUACUCAUGAGGAAAGUGACCACCAGCUCCUCUCUCACAACUCUCACGAAGCUGAGAGUCAAGAUCAAAAAGGAGGCAAGCAUGGAGACUCAACAUCGACCAGAGAAGCAGAGUCAGAGCAACAGGAUCAGUGUGAUGAAAGCAACAGUCAAACUGACAAUACAAACAACCCUAACUUCUCAGAGAUUCACUACAAUACUCACACAGGUAAAACAACCUUUGAAUGUGACACUUGUGGGAAAGCUUUCAACUUUAUGUCCUAUUUGAAAAAACACAUGAGAAUCCAUACAGGUGAGAAGCCGUAUUCCUGUAAUUUCUGUGAGAAAAGAUUCAAUCAGAUGUCGACAUUAAACAUUCAUAAAAGAAUCCAUACGGGUGAGAAGCCAUAUUCAUGCAAAACCUGUGGGAAAAGCUUCCGUCGAUCAUCAGAAUUGAAAACUCAUAUAAGAAUCCAUACAGGUGAGAAGCCAUAUUCCUGCAAAGUCUGUGGGAACAGAUUUAACCAGGCGUCUGCACUAAAAAAUCAUGAAAGAAUCCAUACAGGUGAGAAGCCAUAUUCUUGCAAAACAUGUGGAAAAGAUUUCACGCGUAGUAAUCACUUGUUGGUCCACAUGAGAAUCCACACAGGUGAGAGGCCAUAUUCUUGCAACACGUGUUGGAAAAGUUUCUCUCAGAGAUCAGACAUGAUAAUUCAUAAAAGAAUCCACACAGGUGAGAAGCCAUAUUCUUGCAAAACAUGUGGUAAAGAUUUUGGACGUAAUAGUAGCUUGGUUCUCCACAUUAGAAGAGCCCAUGCCUGUGAGUAGCCGUGCCCUUAUCAGAUUUGCAAAAAAAGAUACUUUGAUGCAUCUAAAUUGGCAAAGCAUUUAAGUUUGCAUAUUGGCAAGUAGACGAUUUUUGAGGUGCAUGGUCAAAACACGCAAGCACCGAGAUAGGUUAGGAGUCACAGAAUUGCAGCACGUAGAAGACAAACUUAACAAAAACAAAGAACUUACACCUCUUGCAAGUCUUUUCUAUUUAUUUCUCUAUUUAUUGACUGCAGCAUUUCACUUGAUAUUUGUUUUGUAGUUUGUAAUUAAAUUAUCACAAUAUAACAUUUGUUGUUUCAGGUUUUGGAGGUGACCACAAAAAAUGUAGAUAAUUUACUACACAGUGAUGUCGACAGAUCAGCCUCAGCAGUAGUUAUGAAAAAUAAGUGAAUAGUGGUGGUCUGUGCCCAAAAGGACAUGUGUAACACAGUGCUGUUGUAUGUUGACCUCAUGUAUGUGUUCUAACAAAAAGCUUUGUAUAGUGAUGAUUUAAAAAUAAUAAACCCUACAGUGGUUUUUCAUCACUUAUGUUUUCAUCCUGCCGGUUAAUUGUGUUGUUGUUUUUUUUUGUCUGCAGCUUUGUCUAUUCUCUGUCUUCGAGUCACACUGAAUUGUAAUUAAGCAACAAUGUCUUCAGUAUUUGAGAAAGUUUGUCAACAACUGACUGACUUCUGCUGCUGAGAAUUCAAAACACACAAGAAACUCUCAGAAGUGAGAAGUUACAGAAUUGCAACACUUUGAAACACAUUUGAAAAUGACACUUCUUGUUAACUAGAGUGGGUUUGUCUAAAACAUUUAUUUAUUUAUUUGCAUUGUGCAAUGGCAUUAGCAUGAUGUAUUUUUUUUUGUUGUUUUAUAUUUUAGUGGUGACCACAAAUAAAACUGUAGAUGAGAUGAUGUACCACACGGUGCUGUCAACAGAUCAGCCUGUGGAAUAGUAAUGAAGUGCCUAAAGGAUUGUGUACAACAAAAUGCUGUUGUGGAUGUUUUCCUCUCAUAACAAAAACAAAUUGUAUGGUGAUAAUUUAAAUCAAUAAACCCUCUA